AAUUGAGCUAAAAUAAAAAGGAAAGAUAGUUUCAGUUUUACGAAAUCUGUCCACGAUCUUCGUUAGCAUUUGAACGAACGAAACACUACGCUGUGGAUACCUGUAUGUGAGUGUAUUCGUGGCUGUUAACGACGAAGAAAGCGAAAGCCUAGCGGCUAUUGACCAUUAUUCGGUGUGAAUGUUUGUGUCAUCAAAGUGGAAGGUGCCAACGGAACUCUAACGGCAGCCAUAUAAUGUCUACGUGGCAUAUUCAAAGUACCAACCUAAUGUCUUCUAUGAGAUGGAAGGACAGAGUCGCCACUCGAGCUUCAGGAUGACGAUUCAACAAGAGAUCGGCUUCGCGAAGCAUUUGCCCUCGCAGCUACAUCGUAAAGCAGCAAAGAAAGGGUUUGAUUUUAAUUUGAUGGUUGUUGGAGAGUCAGGCCUUGGGAAGAGCACGCUGAUUAACUCGCUUUUCAUGACAGAUCUCUACGAUGGCAGACGUAUCCCUGAUGCUGUCGACAUGGGUCAUGGCAAUACAGUCAAAGUGGAAGCAAAUACGGUGGAAAUCGAUGAACAUGGAGUGAAAGUUCGGCUGACUGUUAUCGACACGCCUGGCUUUGGAGACCGCCUAAAUAAUGAUCAUUCGUUCGAGCCCAUCAUGCGAUACAUCGACGAGCAGUACAACAGCUACCUGUGCAAGGAGAGCGGAAUUCACCGAAAGAACAUCAUCGACAACCGAGUACAUUGCGUCCUAUAUUUUGUAUCAUCCCUCGGCCGCGGCCUCAAACCUCUUGACAUUGAGUUUAUGAAAGCUCUGCAGCAUAAGGUAAACAUUAUUCCGCUGAUAGCAAAAGCAGAUUCACUGACUGCGAAAGAAUGCGAGGCUUUGAAAGAUAUUGUCCGCCAGCAGGUGAUAGAGCAUAGCAUUCAGAUCUACGAUCUGAUGCCAUUGGAUGAUGACCCAUCGCUCGAGGAUCCCGAAUACGUAAACGAGAUCAAUCAGCUACGUGAAAGUUUUCCCUUGGCUGUUUGCGCCUCGCUGGAUAUCCAAGAGGUGAAUGGGAAAAAGGUUCGGGCCCGUAGAUACGCUUGGGGCUGCGUCGAGAUCGACAACGAGGUCCAUUGCGAUUUUCAAAAGCUCAAAACGAUCAUAAUAAAUCAUCUCGAAGACAUGAUUGAAAGGACGGAAACGGUACAUUACGAAAACUAUCGCGUCCAAUGCCUUAUGAAUAAAGGCCUCAAGCAGCCAGACAAGGAGAUCCUCGUAUUGCCGUCAGAUGACGCUUUACAGAAGGAAAAGGAACUGCAGGACAAGGAUAGGCAGUUACGCGAGAUGCAACGCCAAAUUGAGGCUAUGCGUUUUGAAAUGGCAAAACAAGCUUCGAGAAAUAACCUCGAUUCAUCGUCGAAUGUCACUGCUUCAAGCGGUGAAGAGAAGGACUAACGAGGGAUCACCUCUUGUGCGUGAACUCGGAAAAGCCGUUUUAUUCAUCAAAUUGAAAAUGGAAACUGUUGAUAUGUUAGAAUCCUGAUGGCCUUUGCGAAUGAAUCAUGCUUCGAAUUCCAGUUAAGAGCUAUUGGAUAUAACAGGUCAUAUUCAUUUGCCCGUCGCUUUUGCCCUCAACCGGCAUAGCACAAAGCCUGGGGCGGCCUUUUCGGAAAAAAACAAUGGGUUAUCACGGGAGUUAAAGAGACUAUUUAACAAAUGGCAACAUCGCCAUAAACGUAAGAAAAUUCUAAACGGAUCAACAUAUAUUUACCAUUAUUCUCUUUGCCGGCGAUUUCGUGAUUCUUCUCUUGCGAAUGUUCUAACUGCACGUUUCGCUCCAGACGUUUUUGAAUGUUAAGCGUACUGAAAAGUCGUUGAAGUUUUCAAAUAUAGUAAGCUUGAUAUUGAGCCCCCUGAGUAUGUCCUGAAAAUGUUAACACACGCGAGACGAUGUGUAGAUCAGUAUGGUUAACUUGCGUAGAUAUAUGACUAUAAAAGCCUUCGACACUCAUGAAAGUGAAUUUCAUUUUUACAAUUUAAUCAAAGGCUGAUUAAAGUGUACUAGUUAAAAUUUGCA